AUGAAGAAACACAAAAUCAUGUCUUCUUCCGCUGAUGCUAUGCUCUCCACCUUGGACGAUCUCGACAGGGGCGACAUCAGCAGAAUACUAUAUCAUCUGUUCCAACGCCUCGACAACCUCGAAGAGGGUUUUCCGCUCCAGUCUCCAAAACAGCAAAGGCGAAAAAACAAAACAAGCCAAGCUAAAUUUGCGCCUCCUCUGCCUGAAAACGGUAAACUAGAACGCCACGUUGAGUCAAGCGUGGAAAUUGUAGCUUUGGCCAAUUUCUUGCUUUGCUCGGCUGGGAGACCACAGCUGCCCUUGGACCGGCCAUACAAGAAGCAACUAAAAACUCAACGCCAGCUGUCAACAUCCACGUACCACCUAGUCGGUCUCACAACACACCGUCGACAGGCCACCAAGCCGAACUCUCACGCCGUCAACGACCAUGCAUCACCAAACCAACUCACUUCCACGCUGCCAACGUCCACACACCACCUGCGUCAGGCCACUCCACAACAGUCGAGCCGCACGGAGGAAAUUAUCAGUCAAACUAUUAAUUGUUGUCGUGACUUACUCAUUCUCACUGUUGUCGCCUGCGGCCGUAUUAUCGGCCCCGAUGAUCGCAAAAGGGACAUGGUAUAA